AAUAAUAAACUAUACAAGAUCCGAAAUAAUGCUUUUGUACAAACACCAAUUACAUAUCAAAUCGGUGAUUCUAUGGUGUCAUUAAUCAUUAAUGGUGAAGAAAUCAUUUUGAAGUCAUUCAUUGAUAAAUCAAAGAUACUGCAUUUAGUUGGAAACACUGAAAGUGAGCAAGUGACUAUUGGUCAAUCAAUUCCAUAUCCACAAAACUUUUCAACUCCCAAAAUUGCUGAUGUUUUUUGUUUGCAAAAGGGCCAGAAAUUUUUGUGUAGUACUUUAUAUCAUACAGAUGACAAUGUUGUGUUUCUUAAAACACCUGAAAAAAUUUCUUGGUAUCGUGAAGAAUCAUUAUCAGAUGUGACAGCUGUUAGAAUGAUGGAUCUUCCGUUAACUGAAGAUAGCUUGCAGGAUGCUGUUCAAAAAGCUAGCGAUUCAUUGGAAAUGUUUAGAAAAAGACUGUUACUUCAGGUUGUCCAUUUUAAACAUUUUCUUAUAUCUUUAUUUGGUGCAGAUUCUUCAAAAUUACAGAGAGAAAACUUAGUACGAGAUUCCUUUGGUUUACAUAAAAUUAUUAUUAUUGUUACAAGUGUGGGCAAGGUAUUUGGUAUAGACAAUAUUGAUGCUACAAUUCAUUGGUCACGAUAUAUUCCAGCGUUAGCCAAAAAACGGGACGAUUUUCAUAUAGAAUUAAUUGAACAAAGAACAACUAAAUAUUCUCCUCAUGAAGCACAGUGUGCCAUUAUAGGAAAUAAUCAAAUUAACAGAAAUGGAUUUAUUUUUCAAUUCAAUCCUAUUAAUGGGCAAGAUAUUGGAAAUGGAUUCAUAAAUCUGCCUUAUGUAAUUAGGCAAUAUACAUUACUUGCUGAAAAUGAAGAUUUUCUCAAACCAUUGCUUAUAUUAGAUGAUAAUAAUUUGCCUCAUGUACAUCCUGAGAAGGAUAAAAAAUUAGCUGUUGGCACAUACAUGUAUACAAUUAGUAAACAAUCUGGUGUUGCUAAUGGAUUUAUUAUGGAAAUCCAGAAGGACCUUUUAGUUGCUUUGCCUGUAUGGUCUCUACAACUAACAAUGCCAGAUCAUAUUGUGUCACAUAUUGCUUCAAAAAAUUUGAUUGAGCGUGUUAACUCUCAAGGAAGAGUUUUAGCAGAUCGUUCAGUACUUUAUAAGUAUCUCAAUCCUAAUUUGGUGGCUGUUGUGACACAAGGACCAGAUCCUAUGCAUAAAAGUGUCAUGAAUGUUAUACUAUUAGAUGUAGUUUCUGGUAAAAUCAUAUCAUCCACAUCUCACAUUCGUGCUAAGGAGCCUAUUCAUAUAGUACAUUCUGAAAAUUGGCUAGUGUAUUCGUAUUUCAAUGAGAAAAGUAGACGAACAGAAAUUGGUACUAUGGAAAUGUAUGAGGGAAAAUCCCAACCCAAUACAACGAUAUGGAGUUCUUAUAAAUCAGCACAGCCAAUGGUCGAGAAACAGACUUACAUAUUUCCAGGGCAAGUUGAAGCACUGCGAGAAACAAUCACUAUAAGAGGAAUCACUGCUAAACACGUAUUAAUUGGUACCAGCUUCGGUAGCAUUUUAGAAAUGCCUUGGAUAUUUUUGGAUCCUCGACGUCCUGUCACAAUCACAGGUGAAGCUAGAGAUGAAGGUGUUCUGCCAUAUAUGCCUGAAUUACCAAUGCCAAGUGAAGGCAUUGUUAAUUACAACAAAUCAAUAGAAAAAAUUAAAGACAUUGUAGCUGUACCCAGCGGGUUAGAGUCUACCUGUUUAGUUUUGGUUCAUGGUUUAGAUAUGUUUUAUACAAGAGUUGCCCCAUCACAAACAUUUGAUCUUCUUAAAGAAGAUUUCGAUUACUGGAUGAUAAUGAUAGUAUUGAGUGUAUUGACAGUCACUGUUUUCACGAGCAAACAUUUGGCAAACCGUAGGGCCUUACGGCAAGCGUGGCAUUGAUUAAUAAGUAAUUAGUGGAUUGUUAAUAGUUAUAAUGUAAUUUGUACUGAUCACACUCACCAGUAAGUCAUUGUGUUAGACUGAUUUAAAAUUCAUUACUGAUCAAUAGAACCACAAUUUUAAAAUAUCUGUCAAAAAGUUAAAUUAUUAAUAAUGGCUGUACAUUUAUUACAAAUGUG